UCUUCCCGCCGUGCCUCGCGCGGGCGCUUCCACCAAUUCUUCCUCCUUCCCUGCCAGUCACUCCUCAGACCCUCAGCCACACCCGCUCAUCCAGGGCGAGGGAAAGCUCGGGACAUUUUCCCAGUGUGCUCUGCGGGAGGGCUCGCCCCACUUCACCCCUUUUCCCGCCCUCCUCCCAUUCAGGAGACUACGACUCCCAGUGUCCUCCGCGCGACGGCGGCGGUGCGCACGGUGCCCAGGUCCCGCCCCUAGGCUCUGCCCCGCCCCCGCCCGCCGACGUCUGCGCGCGAAUGCCGUGGCGCGAACUUGGGACUGCAGAGGCGCGCCCGGCGGAUCUGAGUGUGUUGCCCGGGCAGCGGCGCGCGGGACCAGCGCGAGGAGCAGCUGACAGGCGAAGAAAAGUGCUGGACAGGAAGGGAGAAUUCUGGCGCCAACAUGCAGCGAAGUAUCAUGUCAUUCUUCCACCCCAAGAAAGAGGGUAAAGCGAAGAAGCCUGAGAAGGAGGCAUCCAACAGCAGCAGAGAGACGGAGCCCCCUCCAAAGGCGGCACUGAAAGAGUGGAAUGGAGUGGUGUCUGAUAGUGACUCUCCAGUGAAGAGGCCAGGGAGGAAGGCGGCCCGGGUCCUGGGCAGCGAAGGGGAAGAGGAGGAUGAGGCCCUUAGCCCUGCUAAAGGCCAGUCCUGCAGGCCGUACAAGAAGUAUAACGCCAGCAUCUGCUCCUGGGCCUCAGGAUCCUUCCAGUCACGGUGGACGGUGGAGGAGGAGCAGAAGCCUGCCCCGGACUGCUCACAGGUCUCCCCGCCCCGUCCUGCCAAAUCUCCUGAAAACAGCGCUUCCCUCUCUGACACCUCUCCCAUGGACAGCUCCCCAUCAGGGAUCCCGAAGCGUCGCACAGCUCGGAAGCAGCUCCCGAAACGGACCAUUCAGGAAGUCCUGGAAGAGCAGAGUGUGGACGAGGACAGAGAAUCCAAAAGGAAGAAGGAGGAGGAAGAGGUGGAGACCCCAGAAGAAAGCCUCGCAGAGGCUGAAGUGGCAACAGAGAAGGAAGGAGAAGACAGGGACCAGCCUACCACACCUCCCAAGCCCCUAAAGACCUCCGAAGCAGGGACUCCAACGGAAAGCGUUUCGGAGCCCGAGGUGGCCACAAGGCAGGAACUGCAGGAGGAGGAAGAGCAGACCAAGCCUCCCCGCAGCACUCCCAAGACACUCAGCAGCUUCUUCACCCCCCGGAAGCCAGCAAUCAAAAAAGAAGUGAAGGAGGAGGAGCCAGGGGCUCCAGGAAAGGAGGGAGCUGCUGAGGGACCCCUGGACCCAUCUGGUUACAAUCCUGCCAAGAACAACUACCAUCCCGUGGAAGACGCCUGCUGGAAACUGGGCCAGAAGGUCCCUUACCUGGCUGUGGCCCGGACGUUUGAGAAGAUCGAGGAGGUGUCUGCCCGGCUCCGGAUGGUGGAGACGCUGAGCAACUUGCUGCGCUCCGUGGUGGCCCUGUCGCCUCCAGACCUCCUCCCUGUCCUAUACCUCAGCCUCAACCACCUUGGGCCACCGCAGCAGGGCCUGGAGCUUGGCGUGGGUGAUGGCGUCCUUCUCAAGGCAGUGGCCCAGGCCACAGGUCGGCAGCUGGAGUCCGUCCGGGCUGAGGCAGCCGAGAAGGGCGACGUGGGGCUGGUGGCCGAGAACAGCCGCAGCACCCAGAGGCUCAUGCUGCCACCACCUCCGCUCACUGCUUCCGGGGUCUUCAGCAAGUUCCGUGACAUCGCCAGGCUCACUGGCAGUGCUUCCACAGCCAAGAAGAUAGACAUCAUCAAAGGCCUCUUUGUGGCCUGCCGCCACUCAGAAGCCCGGUUCAUCGCCAGGUCCCUGAGCGGACGGCUGCGCCUGGGGCUGGCAGAGCAGUCGGUGCUGGCUGCCCUCUCCCAGGCUGUGAGCCUCACGCCCCCAGGCCAAGAAUUCCCACCAGCCGUGGUGGAUGCUGGGAAGGGCAAGACAGCAGAGGCCAGAAAGACAUGGCUGGAGGAGCAAGGCAUGAUCCUGAAGCAGACGUUCUGCGAGGUGCCCGACCUGGACCGAAUUAUCCCCGUGCUGCUGGAGCACGGCCUGGAACGUCUCCCAGAGCACUGCAAGCUGAGCCCAGGGAUUCCCCUGAAACCAAUGUUGGCCCAUCCCACGCGGGGCGUCAGCGAGGUUCUGAAACGCUUUGAGGAGGCAGCUUUCACCUGCGAAUACAAAUACGAUGGGCAGAGGGCACAGAUCCACGCCCUGGAAGGCGGGGAGGUGAAGAUCUUCAGCAGGAAUCAGGAAGACAACACUGGAAAGUACCCGGACAUCAUCAGCCGCAUCCCCAAGAUUAAACUCCCAUCGGUCACAUCCUUCAUCCUGGACACCGAAGCCGUGGCUUGGGACCGGGAAAAGAAGCAGAUCCAGCCAUUCCAAGUGCUCACCACCCGCAAACGCAAGGAAGUGGAUGCGUCCGAGAUCCAGGUGCAGGUGUGUUUGUACGCCUUCGACCUCAUCUACCUCAAUGGACAGUCCCUGGUACGUGAGCCCCUUUCCCGGCGCCGGCAGCUGCUCCGGGAGAACUUUGUGGAGACGGAGGGCGAGUUUGUCUUCGCCACCUCUCUGGACACCAAGGACGUCGAGCAGAUCGCCGAGUUCCUGGAGCAGUCGGUGAAAGACUCCUGCGAGGGGCUGAUGGUGAAGACCCUGGAUGUCGAUGCCACCUACGAGAUCGCCAAGAGAUCGCACAACUGGCUCAAGCUGAAGAAGGACUACCUUGAUGGCGUGGGUGACACCCUGGACCUGGUGGUGAUCGGCGCCUACCUGGGCCGGGGGAAGCGGGCCGGCCGGUACGGGGGCUUCCUGCUGGCCUCCUACGACGAGGACAGUGAGGAGCUGCAGGCCAUAUGCAAGCUUGGAACUGGCUUCAGCGACGAGGAGCUGGAGGAACAUCACCAGAGCCUCAAGGCCCUGGUGCUGCCCAGCCCCCGCCCUUAUGUGCGGAUAGAUGGUGCCGUGACUCCGGACCACUGGCUGGACCCCAAUGCUGUGUGGGAGGUGAAGUGUGCCGACCUCUCCCUCUCUCCCAUCUACCCUGCUGCGCGGGGCCUGGUGGAUAGUGACAAGGGGAUCUCCCUUCGCUUCCCUCGGUUUAUUCGAGUCCGUGAAGACAAGCAGCCGGAGCAGGCCACCACCAGUGCACAGGUGGCCUGUUUGUACCGGAAGCAAAGUCAGAUUCAGAACCAACAAGGCGAGGACUCAGGCUCUGACCCUGAAGAUACCUACUAAGUCCUUGCCCUCCUAGGGCCUGGGUACAGGGCAUGAGUUGGAUGGAACCCAGGGUUAUUAUUGCCUUUGCUCUAGCAAAUCUGCUGUGGCAGGCUAUGGUUUUUGAGAGUCAGGGGAGGGAUGUGUGUGUGAGGGGGUGGCUUACACGGGAGUCUGGGAUUCAUCCCAUCAUUUCUUUCAAUAAAUAAUUAUCGGAUA